CAUCAGAUUUGCUAAUAAGCCGUCUGGUCAGCGCCAAACGUGUCUUUUCCCUCUGAUGAAGAGCUGAAGCCAUUUCAGGCCCUUCUCUGCUACCACGUCACCACUCGCCGGCCUAUCCAGUGCAUGGUUCUAUUUAAACCACCAGUACUUCCAUCGUACCGACAUGUCUGUCCCUUCCUGUACUCUUCUUCUCCCAGUUCUCAUCUGCCGCGGCUCUAGAGGGAUCAGCUAGAGAUGGUGAUGAUGGGGCAGCUGGGGAGGUUCGUGGACGGCAUCAAGUCCAAGCUGCGGGCCGGCGGCGGCGGGAAGAGCAGAAAGGCGGCGGCAGCGGCAGCGGCGUACGACAAGAUGGGAAAGACGGACAGCAUGAGGGUGGAGAUCAAGAGCCGGCAGGCGCAGAAGCUCAUCGCCAAGAACCUCGUCGCCGCAGACUCCAUCGGCCGAAGGAGCAGGAACAAGCGCUUCUUCCUCGCCUUCUGAGAGUUCUGAUCAGAACUUCAGAAGGCCAACUUAACCUGUAAGCUUGCUCUAAGUAAAGCGUUAGCAUAGUUGUUACCAAGUGGUUGUGGAGCUGGACAAUCUUCUCUGCGGUCAGUGAAUCUGAUCAUGACCCGUGUAAUCGCGUAAAAUAUGUAUAAUCGUCUCGCUCAUCCUAAGCACGCUAUGUAGUUUCCAACUUCCAAGUUCUUGAUACCUUCAAUGCAAACUGGGUGUUUUUGUGACAGCACAAAUUAAA